AUGACAAAAGCUGUACCAGACACAUUUAAAGGAUUUGCAGUCUCUGAUCCAAAAAAUUGGAACAAGCCAAAGUUGGUAUCAUAUGAGAGAAAACAGAUUAACCCACACGAUGUGGUAUUGAAGAAUGAAGUAUGUGGUUUGUGCUACUCAGAUAUUCACACAUUGGAAGCCAACUGGUUGCCAUUGCAAAGAGACAACUUAGUUGUCGGUCACGAAAUCGUUGGUGAAGUCAUUGCAGUUGGUGAUGAAGUAACCGAAUUCAAAGUUGGAGACCGUGUUGGAAUUGGUGCAGGAUCUUCCUCAUGUCGUACUUGUAACAGAUGUAACUCCGACAAUGAGCAAUACUGUAAGCAGGGAGCAGGCACCUACAACUCAAAAGAUGUAAGAUCAAACGAUUACAUUACCCAAGGUGGUUACUCGUCACACUCCAUCGCCGAUGAAAAGUUUGUCUUUGCAAUUCCAGACGAUUUGCCAUCGGCCUAUGCCGCUCCAC